AGGCAGGCAGGGAUGUGAGGAUUGCAGCACUCCCAGUUCAACCCUCAAUCUCAGUUUAUCCCAAUCCCAAUCCAUGAAUCAGUAAUUCACACAGGAGCCCAGGGAGGUCUGGAGCUCUCCCUCCCACCCCUCCCUGCCCAUGAGGAACCUGCUCCAUGUUCCUGGCACAUCCUCCAGAGCAGCCAUGACCACUUUUUGGGAGUCAAAAUCCUUGGAGCCCUUGGACCUCCACCAAAAGGAAGCUAAAUUCUAAUUCAGGGGCCAGAGGAGGUGAUUUUUUUUAUUUAGAGGAAAGCACAGUUCAGCCUGUUCAUUUCCACUGCUGUGGUGAAAAAAAUGUGUCUGAGGACAUUGGUUUUAGAGAAGUGAAAGCAUUUACAGGAAUAAGCAAGGUUUGACUGGUAUGGGGAAGUAUUUACUCAAAGAGACCAAUCUGACCAGAGAUAAAAUUCAGCUGUUCCCACUCCAAGUGCACUUGGGGCUUUUCUCAGCCCAGGAAAGCUGAAGCUAAAGGUUGAAUUCCAGUUUCUUUGGGGUGAUUUUGCAAAUAAGCCAUAGGCUCAUGAAGUGAAGAUUUUUGAUAAUUCAACCCAGGAUUUAAGGAAUUGUCUAAGAAACUUUACAGGCCAAGGUGCAGCUCUGAGCUCCAGCCCCAACAACUGCUGAAGGACCACAGCCCUGUGAGGCCAAAAGGUCCAAAUUCCAAGUGUGCUGAAGAAGUGUGAGUGUAUCAAAGGCUGAAAUACGUGCAUGGCUUGGGCAGUGACCAGCAGGACAUUCCCAGGGAGCUCCCUCCAUUCCAUUCACUACCAAAGGGUCUGUGGAAUGUCCUUUGAUCUGGUUCCUGUACUCUGUGCCCAAAAGACAACACAGAGAAAUGCUGCAGCUCCUGGAGCUGUUCCCAAGAACUGGGAGACCCCAGGGGUAACAUUUUUUGGCAUUUAAAGCCAGUGAUGCCAAUUACCUCAUUCAGAGUUGCCUGUGAGCUGCAUAUCUUGUGUCAACACUAUUCCCAGUGAUGCUACCCAGGGAAUAAUCAACAUUUUGGGCUGUGUUGUGAAACACAACCCCCAGCACAGGAUGAGUAUGGGCAGAGUGGUGUGGAGGGGAUGGGGGCCUUGGGAGAGCAUUUGAAUCUGCUACUAAAAUGGUGUUAUUUUCUAUUUUAAAAGCCUUGCCAAAUCCCUCUGCAGAAGCCCUCCCACAGAGUCUGAUCAAGCCCAGACUGUUAUAAAUGUGUCAUCCUGCUGGAGAACAGGUGGAAACUGAGGAGAGUCUGGGAAUGGAUUUUUAGAAUGCACAUAGGUGCCUAAAGAUGCAAAGUGUCCCCGAGCUGGGACAUCCACCCCUCCUUCAGGCCCUCAAAUACCUUCAGGGCUGCAUUACCUCUGCCUGAACAAAAGGCAGGAAUGAUUCCAGCCCCAGCCCAUCCUCUCUGUUCCACCCUCCCAGCAGCUCCAAUGCCCAGAUAUCACAGGCAGGAGAGCCCUGUCCUGCUGCAACAUCCUCAACUUCCUGCUUUCGUCAUGGCUUAGUCAAUAUUGAUCUUUGAGGCCUGGAUCUUCUGAGCAGAAGGAAAUUGAUUCUUGUCUCAUGAGUCACCUCCUAAAUUUAACACACAGAUCAUCCCUUCUCAAGCUAUUUCUCUUUGGAAAAGCUUGGAAAGAAAUGUUGAUGCUGUUGAAUUUUAUUGGAGCAAGGAACACGUCAUCCCUGCUGACCUCACUGCCUUCCUGUGCUCAGAACCAAACAGAUCCAUGUGUGUCAAACAGCUGCUCCAGGACCUCCUUUUCUCCAUCUCCUCCCGUGUAGGAACCUUUCCAGAUAAACAGCAGGAUUUCAACAUUGCUCCAAAGGUCUCCCCAUGCAAGCCAUGAGUGCCCAGCAAUGCUCCCCAGCCAUGCUCUGACAGCAGCUCUGACAGCUCUGGCAGUAAAAGCUCCCCUUGCCUCAGGGAGCGUGUGUCCCCAGCAGAUGUCACACCGGUGACAGGUGAGUGCUGCAGCUCAGUUGUCACAAGGACAGCAGAGCAGCAGGUGGCAGCUGUAACCCUAGAGCAAAGCAUUGCUCUUUGUCUUCCCAGCUAAAUCUGGGAGCUGGCACUGCUCACUCCCCUCCCCGAGCAGCAGUCCCGAGGGAAGCUCGGCAGGGAUCCUUGCUCAGGGAUGAGCACUCUGCGAGCCAAGGAUCCCAUUCCCCCUCCCUGUUUGUUCCUUUAUUUUGGCACUGGAGGGUGUUUGAACACCGUGAAAAAUCACUGGUGAGUUUUUAACAAAUUCUGGGAGGAAAAUCUUACACGAGGGACAAAAGGAAAGCUCCGGAUUCUGGAGACAGAAUGAAGGAGAGCUCCCAGAAUCUCAGAAUAUCCUGAGCUGGAAGGGACCACAGUGAUCAUUAAAUCCAACCCCUGGCCCUGCACAGACACCCCAACAACCCCACCUUGUGCUUGAAAGCAUUGUCCAAACACUCCUGGAGCUCUGGCUGUGCCCAUUCCCUGGGGAGCCUGGGCAGUGCCCAGCACCCUCUGGGGAAGAACCUUUCCCUAAAUCCAACCUAAACCCCCUGAGCCAGCUCCAGGCAUUCCCUCAGUCCUGUCCCUGCUCACAGUGACCAAAGAUCAGUGCCUGCCCCUCUAAAUAAAAUAAAUUUUGUAACAGAGGGUUGAUGUGACAAAAUGAAUGAAAUUAUUAAUUUUAAGCAGAAUAGAUGAUAAUUACACAUUACUUCUCAUAAUACAAAAUUCAGGGAAGCACUCGAGAGGCCAUGGAUUCAAAACCUAUGAAAUGGGAGUGCUCCUUCCCUUUGACAGCUCAGCUCACCCCAAAGUGCUUCAGACAUGCCAGCCCAGUCCCUCCUGUUUAAAGCUCUCCUAGGAAUGUCACUAACACAGCCACCAAAUGAACCUCACACCUGAAGUCUGGUGCUGAUCCUUGCUGGGUUUCAUCUUUGGAUGGUGAAGCAAACAAGGUUCCUAGAAAUGGCUCCUAGGUUCUGUGCCAGAUUUGAUGGUGAAUUCAUUCCCACAGGACACUGCAAGAAAUAUCACCUGCUCCUCACAUUGCUGGGAGGGGUUUUCCCCGAAUGCUGGAACUGCAGAACCACCUCAAAUAAAUGGAAAAUCAGCAAUCUCUGUUCUCUGCCCCUGCCCCAAACUCUCAGACACCACCAUGGGCUGCUGGGUACACAAAGCUCCCCUGCUCUGAGGCACCAAGCCUUUGUUUGCUGGAAAACAGAAAUAAAACAGUCACAGCCCACCAAAACCUGAGAGCUGCUGGAGCUCCUGGUGCAAUCACACACUGCCAGGAUUUGCCUGGAGCUGGCAUUCACUAAAGAGAUGUCAGUCAGGCAGCAAUGGCAAGGCUGCCCCAAGGGCCAUUCCUGGACAGGGUUAAAAUAUUCAGAAUUCAGUUCAGAUGCUUUGUGAGCUUCUAUGCUAAAAGAGCAGAGCAUAGUGCAGUGCUCUGGAUUCUGGAGGCACCUGUCUCUCCUCAGAUCAUUUGGCCAAGGCACUGAUUUGGCAGAGUGGGGGGUGCUGGGUGGGCACUGCAGGGAGCAGUGAGUGUCCCCAGCUGGGCCAUCCCCAUUGUCCCGGGAGGGCUGGCAGGGCUAUAUUUGACUGCAGGAUGGGCACUCCAACAUGGGGAACAUUCUUCUGGGGAGAGUCAUCCUCGAGUCAUCCUCAGGGGAAGGAAACGUCCUUUGUCCCUUGCCUUGCCUGGGGACAGGGGCUCUCCUUGCAGCCUUCACCGCAAGAAAGCUUGGCUUUGACAUCUCACCAUGGGAACCCGAGCCUUCUUCCACCACAGAGAGGAGGAGCAGAAGGAGGAGAGGAAACAGAGCUUGGAAAUGACCUCCACAACCAGGAGAAAAAGGUUUAAAACCAGUGAGGAAGAGGAGACCUUCAGUCUUUCAGACUUAUCAAUAGCAGCUGCCCUUGCCUUGACCUCUGAAACAGCAAAUUCCAGGGAGUACAAUCUGAGAAGGGAAGCUGAGCUCCUGGAGCGGGAACAGAGGGGGCAGAAGAGGACUCGUUUUGGGAAUGACAUGGAGAAGAUGGAAGAGGAGCUCAUCAGGAUCUGCAGGCAGCUGCGAGUGAGGGCUGACAGGAAGGGCCUGCGCAGGAAGGCUCUGCACAAGGCCUGCCUGCAGAAGGAGCUGCUGGAGCUGCGCGCGGCGCGGGCGCCCCUGCUCUGGAUCCCGCUGCGGGCACACGCCGUCUGGGAGAGCAUGGAUGUCACCCUGGCAUGCACCACCCUGGGGACCCCUGUGCCACAGGCCACCUGGUAUAAAAAUGGAAUCCCCAUUGAUCUCCGCCGAGCCCCAGCAGGAAAAUACAAGAUCAAAAAUCAAUUUGGGAUGCUGACCCUGCACAUCAGCAGAUGCUCCAUGGAAGAUUCUGCUGAGUACAGUGUGGAGGUAAAGAAUCAGUAUGGUGAAGCUUAUUCCUUUGCUACAGUGCUUGUCAGGAAAUAUUAUGGAAAGGAGUCAGGAUUCGAUUCAGAAAUAUACAAAAGAUCCCUUCUGGCCAGAGAGGCAGAUUUUGCUUCUCCACUGAAACCCUUAUUUGCAAGAGAAAAGGAGCCUUUCACCCUCUCCUGUUACUUCUCCUCUGAUUUACUGGACCACCAACGAGGCAUCACCUGGUUCAGAGAUGGGGAGCUGCUGCAGGACUCAGAAGGUCAGGAGCUGAGGUGCCAGGAGCGUGAGGCCUCUCUGACAGUGCCAUGUGCUCACAAGGAGGAUGAGGGCUUCUACACCAUCCGUGUCCCCUCGCUGCAUGGAUACAAGGAGCAGACCACUUAUGUGUUUGUCAGAGAUGCUGCAGCACUAACAGCUGGUGCCCCAGGAUCCCCCCUCAACGUGAGAUGCCAUGAUGUGAACAAAGACUGCCUGGUCCUUUCCUGGGUAGCACCCAGUGAUGAUGGAGGCAGCCCCAUCCUGGGCUACCUCAUUGAAAGGUGUGUGGCUGGCUCAGAGGAGUGGGUGCAGUGCAGUACCCAGCCUGUGAAGGGCUGCAGGUGCCCAGUGCUGGGCCUGGCUGAGGGACAGACGUACCAGUUCCGGGUCAAGGCUGUCAACAAGGCUGGCACCAGCCACCCUUCAAGGGCCAGUGACCCUGUCACCACCCACGACCCCAGCAGGGACAAGAGAGUGACAGUGAUUCCAUACGACCAGGGCAGGACCAUAGAAAUAUCCAAGGAUGACCUGGAGGGACACAUUAAAAUUCCCUUGCCACCCACCAAUGUUCAUGCAAGUGAGGUCAGAGAAGAUUAUGUGGCUUUGGCCUGGGAUGAACCAGAUCCAAGAGGCAGAGAGCCACUGAAUUACUAUGUGGAAAAGUCUCUCGUAGGCAGCAGCUCCUGGCAGAUGGUGAACCUGGAGACGCCAGCAAAUUCCCCAAGAUUUGCACUCUUCGGUCUGGAGAAGGGAAAAUCCUUCCGGUUCCGCGUGCGCUCCGUCAACAAGUUCGGCAUCAGCGAGCCCUCGGUGCCCAGCGCGCCCGUCCCCGCCGGGACCCAGCCCGCUCCUCCACCUCCACCAUCUCAGGUUCUGGCCUUCAGAGACACCAAGACAUCUGUUGUUGUGCAGUGGGACAAGCCCAAGGAUGGCCUGGAGCCCCCUGGCUAUUACAUCUACUGCCGGGAGACGGGCACGGAGCAAUGGCAAACAGUCAAUAACAAACCAGUGACAGGCAACGAAUUUACUGUUCCUGGGCUGCAGCCUGGAAAAGAAUAUGUGUUUUGUGUGAAAUCUGUCAGUGAUGCAGGACUGAGUGAGAGCUCACCAGAAACAGAUCCCAUCGUUGUCAGGCCAGCAAUUGCCUGUCCCUCGGCCCCUCGUGACUUUGUGCUGCUGCACUGUGGUAAGGCUGAGAUGACCAUUGGCUGGAAAGCCCCGAAGCACAAAGGAGGAACAAAGAUCCUGGGAUAUUUCCUGGACCAGCACGACCACUCUGAGCCCGACUGGCACGAAGUCAACACUCGGCCAAUUCCUCGGCGCGUUUGCACGGUCAGCAGCCUGCAGGAGGGCCACCUGUACGAGUUCCGUGCCCGUGCCAUGAACAGGGCUGGAGUUGGGGAAGUGUCCGAGCCCAGCGACUUGUUCAGAUGUGAGGAAUGGACAAUGCCAGAGCCAGGCCCUCCUUACGAUGUCAGGUGCACUGAGGUGAGGGACUCCUCCCUGCAGCUGCACUGGGAAGCUCCUCUGUACCUGGGGGCAGGGCCAGUCACAGGGUAUUUCAUAGACCUGUGUGAAGAAGGCUCAGAAGAGUGGAAACAGAUAAACAAGCAGCCCACAGGCACCACCCACAUGAAGGUCUCAGACCUGGAAACAGGGAAGUGCUACAUUUUCCGAGUACGAGCACUGAACAAGGCUGGAGUUGGACCCCCUUCACUCCCCUCAGACCCUGUGGUGGCUAAAACCAAACCUGGCACAAAUGAAAUUGAAGUUGGGGUGGAUGAAGAGGGUUUCAUUUACAUGGCCUUUGAAGCUCCUGAAAAGAAUGACUCCUCUGAAUUUAUCUGGUCAAAGGACUAUGAGGGACCUCCAGAUCCUGAGCGAGUCCAGAUUGAAGAGAAAGGCAAUAGAUCAAAACUGAUACUGAAAGAGCCCUCAGAAAAGGACCUGGGUGUGUAUUCAGUGGAGGUCACGGAUGUAGAUGAUGAUAUCUCUGCCAGCUGCACUUUAACAAAAGAAGAUCUGGACAAGUUAUUGAAACGUAGCCACGAAAUCAGGAACCCACUGAUCAAGCUGAUAUCUGGCUGGAACAUCGAUGUUCUGGAGAAAGGAGAAGUGAGGCUGUGGCUGGAGGUGGAGAAGCUGUCCCCAAAUGCUGAGCUGCACCUGAUCUUCAAUGACAAGGAGCUCACCAGUACCCCAACACACAAAAUCAACUUUGUCAAAGAGAAAGGCCUCGUGGAACUGAUAAUCCAGGAUUUCAGUGCUGAUGACAAAGGGGUGUACACAGCCCAGCUCAAAGAUGGGAAAGCCAAAAAUCAAUUCACCCUUGCUCUCAUAGAUGAAUCUUUUGCUAAAGUGGCAGAAGAAGCUGAAGCAAAACGGAGGCAAUGGAAGAAAAAGCAGGGUCCACAUUUCAUAGAGAACCUGACAUGGAAAGUUUUGGAGAGCUGUGAAGUGCUCCUCACCUGCAAGGCUACAAACCUGAGGAAGGACACCAGCUUCCAGUGGUUCUUCAAUCACAAGGCACGAGCUGGCGGAGUGUUUGAUCCACAGACUGGGAUGGGAACUCUGCAGAUCCCAAAGGUAACCAAGGCAGAUGAGGGCCUGUACAAGGCAGUGGUUUCAGAUAAUAGAGGAGAGGACUCCACCCAGCUGGACCUCACAAAAGGAGCCUUUGAGGAGCUUCUGAAGGAGCUGUGCAGGAUCAGUGCUCUUUCUGCCACACCUCUGAAAAUCCAGCCUACUGAGGAGGGCAUCAAAAUCUACACAGUUGUCAAGUACUACACAGACUACAUGAAAACCACCUGGUACCACAAGGAGAAACAACUGGAAAGCCGUGACAGGAUGAGAGCUGGGAGCACCAUGAACCAGAUCUGGCUGCACAUCCUGGAGCCUGGGGAGGCUGAUAAGGGCAAAUACACCCUGGAGAUAUUUGAUGGGAACAGCUCCCACAAACUGUCAACAGACCUGUCUGGGCAAGUUUUUGAAGAUGCCCUGGCUGAGCACAAGAGGCUAAAGGAAGCAGCAAUAGCAGAGAAGCGUCGUGCCAGAGUUGUUCAAGGUCUGCCAGAUGUUGCCACCAUCAUGGAGGACAAGACCCUGUGCUUAACUUGUUGUGUGUCUGGAGACCCCUACCCAGAGAUCACCUGGUUCAAAAACGAGAAGGUCAUCGUGUUUAAGGACAGAUACAAGAUGGAUGUGAAGGGCUCAGUGGUCACAAUCACCAUAGAGAGAGUCUGCAAUGAAGACACAGGAAAAUACAGCAUCUAUGUCAAGAAUAAAUAUGGCUCUGAAAUAGGGCAGGUCACUAUCAGUGUCUAUAAACAUGGGGAGGUCCCAAUAGGAACAGAGCAGGAAGUCCCAGCUGGGAUUACCACAAAAAAGCUUAAAUGAAUUAAUUGUUUCCUUGAAUUUGAAAGGAAUUUAACUCCUUCAGAUGCCUUCUGGUGUCUGUGUGUUUAUUUUAGCAAUAUUUCAGUGGUUUGGCAGUUGUUAUAGAACAGUUCUGGUGGGGGUGUGUGGGUGUGUGUGUGCUCACACGUGUGUACACUGCAUGUUCACCUUCCAGAGAGAUUUUGCCCUGGUAAAUCUGUGUGGGAAAUACCAGAGGAUCCACACAUGGGGCUUUCAGUGGAGGGAUUUUGUAUUAAAUCACCACAUGUAACAGAUUUUCUUGUAGCCUGUGUGUGUGUGUCAUUAAACUCAACCCCUUGGUGACAUCUCAGCACUGCUUUGAGUAUAUCCCUGAUGAAAUCACUCCACCUGUGGGUGCAUGGGAAGUCAGGACAUGCUCCACACAUAAAAAUGACCCUGCAAAUCAGGAAUUCUCACAGGUAAAUGUAAUUACAGAUCUGGCUCUUUCUGUGUGAACCUUCUUUAAAAUUACCUACUAAAAAGGGUGGUGAAUUGAUAGAAAAA